ACCAUCACUAACCCGGGCCGCAGCACUCCAUCCAGGUGCUGGUGUAUGUGCAGGCGAAAAAACAGAUAGGAAUAUUUCCACAUACAGAUGUACAUAAUGUUCAUGGGAUUAAGGGGCGGCAGGUAGCUUAGUGGUUAAGAGCGUUGUGCCAGUAACCGAGCCGACUAGGUGAAAAAUCUGUCGAUGUGCCCUUGAGCAAGGCACUUAACCCUAAUUGCUCCUGUAAGUCGCUCUGGAUAAGAGCGUCUGCUAAAUGACUUAAAUGUAAAAUGUAAAUGUAAAUUAACAACGUAUUCAAUGAUCUGAUUCUAUAUUAUUAUGGUGUUUUCAUAAUUAGCGAGGGACAGAAGUAGAGGGGAGGGGCACAGUAUAGGCAGGUCGGCCACCAGGCAGGCAGAGUCGGGCCUACUGCACUGUUCUAUCUAUCGGCAAUCAAAAGCUGUAUCUCGUAAUGGAAUGUUGCAUCUCACAAUUUCUUGCCUUGCAAUGUCUUGCAACUUCAGUAAAAUGUGGCCUGUCAUUAAUGAAUAGGCUAGGAUAUUGAGAUGAUGCAACACUUCGCUCUCACAUAGUCACACACAGUAUCUGCACAUGUGCACGGGCUCUCUUCAUACUGUUCACAGCGUGGUAGACAGGGCACCAAAACAGCGGAGAAGUUGAGCCUUGCGCUUCAACGCUCUUAGUUGUUGCAGAAAUUGACCCACUAUGCUGUUUACUUUCUGCAUCUAUGAAAAAAAAAAACAUUGUUUUUCGGUUAGGGAUUUUUCUUAACGUUAAGGAUCCCAAUUUAGUUUAAACAUUUUAACAAUUAAACGUUCACACCCCUAUUGCACAUCCUGCAAACCACCAGCAGAGGGCGACCAAUUUGAAUCCAUUUUCACAUUCACUAUGGUAAUGCUUAUUUAUUUAUUUUUAUUUUACCUUUAUUUAACUAGGCAAGUCAGUUAAGAAUAAAUUCUUAUUUACAAUGACGGCCUACACCGGCCAAACCCGGGCCAAUUGUGUGCCGCCCUAUGUGACUCCCAAUCAUGGCCGGUUGUGAUAUAGGAAUCGAACCAGGGGGUCUGUAGUGACGCUUCAAGCACUGAGAUGCAGUGCCUUAGACCACUGCGCCACUCGGAAAUGGGAUCAUAACUCUAAAACUAGUAGAGAUCCCACUCUGGAACUUUGAUAUGCCCGUAGAGUAUAUUAUGUUAACCAAUAUAUUGACAAAUGUGCCAAAUUAAGAAUGGUAUAUUUUCAAUAUUCAUGUUUAUAUUCUUCAAUAUUCAUAAAUUAAUGUAAGACAUUUUCUGUUGAAAUCAAAAUACUACUCAUUUUACAGAGCAAUCGGUAAAGCUUCAUAUGACACAUUUUUGUAGCACAUACAGAUUAAACAUUAUGAUGUCUAAAAUCAGGCCUGGGUAACUGAAAUGAAUUAUUUCUCAAUUAUGCUUUAAGAUACAAACGUCAAAUAUAUUAGGCAGGACAAACCUGUUUUGGUGAUUUAUGGUUUAUCAUUAAAAUAAAUAAAUCACAGCACAUUUUUAGACUAAUUCAGCAGUUUUUACCUGAUUAAGUACAAUACCAUUGGAAAUGUAUGUUGGAAGUUAUAUUUAUAUUCCUAAAACCUAAGUUGAAAAUGAUGCUGUUGCUGCUUCCUGUUGACAAGACAUAUUGAUAAAUAGCCCCAUGUUAAAACACAGUUUUAAAGUGUCCAAAUCAAUAAACAAUAUGCAGAAAGAGUUUGUGCUAUAUUGAAAACCUAAACAUCAAAAUUACUAGUUUUUUUUUUUUAAACGAGCACCUUAUAAACUGGACACUAAAAAUCAUUUUUGUUUUUACAAAAGGUUGAAACUACCACAACAAAUAAACAAAUAAAUUACAUCACUGGUUAGAGGACAACCCGCAGAACACAGUCAGCUACAUUUUAAAAUGUUGCAUUUUGAUACGGGGUCACGAAAACAGAAAGAGAAGCGCAACACUGUUUUGUCAAUCAAUCCUAUCGAUUAUCACCUAGAAAUCAAUUGUGCGAGAGGGCGGAUAUGAGCUUGCACGUCCUGUUAAAACUAACACAGCAAAAAAAAAAAAAAACACUGAUUCUGGGAAUAAUUUGUACAUCAUUGGUUAGAGGAUAAUUUUUGGAAGACAGCUAGCUACAUUUUGAAGUGUUGCGUUUUGAGUUGUGGGUUGCCAACCGGGUAAGUGUAACGCAACACUUUUUUUGUUCAUCACUCCCAUUGAUAUCACUCUGAAAUCAAUAGAACAGGCAAACGUUUGGGGUGUAGUGCUGUUUAAACUAACACUAUUCAAAGGCCACACGGAAACUUGAAGUAACCUAUACAUGUUUGGUUAGAUGAGAAUUUGUAGAAGGCUUCUAUUUAUAUUUUGGAAUGGAGGAUGUUGAUUUCGGGAGGCUGCCGUCACUGAAAAGGGAACAAACCACUUUUUCUGUUAGUUAAUUUACGAAUCACGACUCGCCAUAGGAUAUCAACCGUGACAACGGUUGGCUGUUAUUUAAGGGAUAGUUUAUUGGUGUGUGGCCAGCGGGUUUUAUAAAGAGACUGCCCUGAAUUAUCCGUGCCAUUUGAGAAAGAAAAUGAUAUCUGCAUUCUAUAUCCUGCGACCCCCAGUGCGUAUAACAAAACCAACAGUAGAAAACCAAAGAUAUUCAUCUGUUUUAAGCAAUCAAUCUUGUGUCACCAUGUUGACUGUAAACUUUUAUACUAACAUCACCAAUCUGAGGUAAAAAGGAUGUGUAAUUCGCCUCAUUUCGAUGUGGUCAAAACGUCAGCUUGUGUAAUGUACACUGAACAAAAAUAUAUACGCAACAUGUAAAGUGUUGUCCCAUGUUUCAUGAGCUGAAAUUAAAGAUCUCUGAAAUGUUCCAUACACACAAAAAGCUUAUUUCUCUCAAAUUUGGUUCCCAAAUUUGUUUACAUCCCUGUUAGUGAGCAUUUCUCCUUUGCCAAGAUAAUCCAUCCACCUGACAGGUGUGGCAUAUCAAGAAGCUGAUUCAACAGCAUGAUAAUUACACAGCUGCACCUUGUGCUGGGGACAAUAAAAGGCCACUCUAAAAUGUGCAGUUUUGUCACACAACACAAUGCCACAGAUGUCUCAAGUUUUGAUGGAUUGUGCAAUUGGCAUGCCGGCUGCAGGAAUGUCCACCAGAGCUGUUGCCAGAGAAUGUAAUGUUAAUUUCUCUACCAUAAGCCGCCUCCAAUGUCGUUUUAGAGAAUUUGGCAGUACGUCCAACUGGCCUCAUAACCGCAGACCACGUGUAUGGCGUCGUGUUGGGGCGAGCGCUUUGCUGAUGUCAAGGUUGUGAACAGAGUGCCCCAUGGUGGCAGUGGGUUUAUGGUAUGGGCAGGCAUAGCCUACGGACAACAGACACAAUUGCAUUUUAUCGAUGGCAAUUUGAAUGCACAGUGAUACCGUGACGAGAUCCUGAGGCCCAUUGUCAUGCCAUUCAUCCGCCGCCAUCACCUCAUGUUUCAGCAUGAUAAUGCAUGGCCCCAUGUCGGAAGGAUCUGUACACAAUUCCUGGAAGCUGAAAAUGUCUGUUCUUCCAUGGCCUGCAUACUCACCAGACAUGUCACUCAUUGAGCAUGUUUGAGAUGCUCUGGAUUGACUUGUACGACGGCGUGUUCCAGCAACUUCACACAGUCAUUGAAGAGGAGUGGGACAACAUUCCGCAGGCCACAAUCAACUCUAUGCGAAGGAGAUGUUGCGCUGCAUGAGGCAAAUGGUGGUCACACCAGAUACUGACUGGUUUUCUGAUCCACGCCCCUACCUUUUUUUAAGGUACAGUGGGGGGAAAAAAGUAUUUAGUCAGCCACCAAUUGUGCAAGUUCUCCCACUUAAAAAGAUGAGAGGCCUGUAAUUUUCAUCAUAGGUACACGUCAACUAUGACAGACAAAAUGAGAAAAAAACAUCCAGAAAAUCACAUUGUAGGAUUUUUAAUGAAUUUAUUUGCAAAUUAUGGUGGAAAAUAAGUAUUUGAUCAAUAACAAAAGUUUCUCAAUACUUUGUUAUAUACCCUUUGUUGGCAAUGACACAGGUCAAACGUUUUCUGUAAGUCUUCACAAGGUUUUCACACACUGUAGCUGGUAUUUUGGCCCAUUCCUCCAUGCAGAUCUCCUCUAGAGCAGUGAUGUUUUGGGGCUGUCGCUGGGCAACACGGACUUUCAACUCCCUCCAAAGAUUUUCUAUGGGGUUGAGAUCUGGAGACUGGCUAGGCCACUCCAGGACCUUGAAAUGCUUCUUACGAAGCCACUCCUUCGUUGCCCGGGCGGUGUGUUUGGGAUCAUUGUCAUGCUGAAAGACCCAGCCACGUUUCAUCUUCAAUGCCCUUGCUGAUGGAAGGAGGUUUUCACUCAAAAUCUCACGAUACAUGGCCCCAUUCAUUAUUUCCUUUACACGGAUCAGUCGUCCUGGUCCCUUUGCAGAAAACAGCCCCAAAGCAUGAUGUUUCCACCCCCAUGCUUCACAGUAGGUAUGGUGUUCUUUGGAUGCAACUCAGCAUUAUUUGUCCUCCAAACACGACGAGUUGAGUUUUUACCAAAAAGUUAUAUUUUGAUUUCAUCUGACCAUAUGACAUUCUCCCAAUCCUCUUCUGGAUCAUCCAAAUGCACUCUAGCAAACUUCAGACGGGCCUGGACAUGUACUGGCUUAAGCAGGGGGACAUGUCUGGCACUGCAGGAUUUGAGUCCCUGGCGGCGUAGUGUGUUACUGAUGGUAGGCUUUGUUACUUUGGUCCCAGCUCUCUGCAGGUCAUUCACUAGGUCCCCCCGUGUGGUUCUGGGAUUUUUGCUCACCGUUCUUGUGAUCAUUUUGACCCCACGGGGUGAGAUCUUGCGUGGAGCCCCAGAUCGAGGGAGAUUAUCAGUGGUCUUGUAUGUCUUCCAUUUCCUAAUAAUUGCUCCCACAGUUGAUUUCUUCAAACCAAGCUGCUUACCUAUUGCAGAUUCAGUUUUCCCAGCCUGGUGCAGGUCUACAAUUUUGUUUCUGGUGUCCUUUGACAGCUCUUUGGUCUUGGCCAUAGUGGAGUUUGGAGUGUAACUGUUUGAGGUUGUGGACAGGUGUCUUUUAUACUGAUAACAAGUUCAAACAGGUGCCAUUAAUACAGGUAAUGAGUGGAGGACAGAGGAGCCUCUUAAAGAAGAAGUUACAGGUCUGUGAGAGCCAGAAAUCUUGCUUGUUUGUAGGUGACCAAAUACUUAUUUUCCACCAUAAUUUGCAAAUAAAUUCAUUAAAAAUCCUACAAUGUGAUUUUCUGGAUAUUUUUUUCUCAAUUUGUCUGUCAUAGUUGACGUGUACCUAUGAUGAAAAUUACAGGCCUCUCUCAUCUUUUUAAGUGGGAGAACUUGCACAAUUGGUGGCUGACUAAAUACUUUUUUCCCCCACUGUAUCUGUGACCAACCGAUGCAUACAGUGCCUUGCAAAAGUAUUCCUAUUUUGUUGCAUUACAACCUGUAAUUUAAAUUGAUUUUUAUUUGGAUUUCAUGUAAUGGACAUACACAAAAUAGUCCAAAUUGGUGAAGUGAAAUGAAAAAAUUACUUGUUUCAAAACAUUCUAAAAAAUAAAUAACAGAAAAGUGUUGCGUGCAUAUGUAUUCACCCCCUUUGCUAUGAAGCCCCUAAAUAAGAUCUGGUGCAACCAAUUACCUUCAGAAGUCGCAUAAUUAGUUAGAUUGCACACAGGUGGACUUUAUUUAAGUGUCACGUGAUCUCAGUAUAUAUAUAUAUAUAUAUAUAUAUAUAUAUAUACACCUGUUCUGAAAGGCCCCAGAUUCUGCAACAGCACUAAGCAAGGGGCACCACCAAGUAAGCGGCACCAUGAAGACCAAGGAGCUCUCCAAACAGGUCAGGGACAAAGUUGUGGAAAAAAUAUCCAACACUUUGAACAUCCCACGGAGCACCAUUUAAAUCCAUUAUUAAAAAAUAGAACAAAUAUGGCACCACAACAAACCUGCCAAGAGAGGGCCGCCCACCAAAACUCACGGACCAGGCAAGGAGGGCAUUCAUCAGAGAGGCAACAAAGAGACCAAAGAUAACCCUGAAAGAGCUGCAAAGCUCCACAGUGGAGAUUGGAGUAUCUGUCCAUAGGCCCACUUUAAGCUGUACACUCCACAGAGCUGGGCUUUACGGAAGAGUGGCCAGAAAAAAGCCAUUGCUUAAAGAAAAAAAUAAGCUAAAAUGUUUGGUGUUCGCCAAAAGCCAUGUGGGAGACUCCCCAAACAUAUGGAAGAAGGUACUCUGGUCAGAUGAGACUAAAAUUGAGCUUUUUGGCCAUUAAGGAAAACGCUGUGUCUGGCACAAACCGAACACCUCAUCACCCCGAGAACACCAUCCCCACAAUAAAGCAUGGUGGUGGCAGCAUCAUGCUGUGGGGAUGUUUUUCAUCGGCAGAGACUGGGAAACUAGUCAGAAUUGAAGGAAUGAUGGAUGGCGCUAAAUACAGGGAAAUUCUUGAGGGAAACCUGUUUCAGUCUUCCAGAGAUUUGAGACUGGGAUGGAGGUUCACCUUCCAGCAGGACAAUGACCCUAAGCAUACUGCUAAAGCAACACUCGAGUGGUUUAAUGGGAAACAUUUACAUUUCUUGGAAUGGCCUAGUCAAAGCCCAGACCUCAAUCAACUUGAGAAUCUGUGGUAUGACUUAAAGAUUGCUGUAUACCAGCGGAACCCAUCCAACUUGAAGGAGCUGGAGCAGUUCUGCCUUGAGGAAUGGGCAAAAAUCCCAGUGGCUAGAUGUGCCAAGCUUAUAGAGACAUACCCCAAGAGACUUUCAGCUGUAAUUGCUGCAAAAGGUGGCUCUACAAAGUUUUCAAAUUUUUUAUCUUAUUUCUUGUUUGUUUCACCCCAAAAAAUAGUUUGCAUCUUCAAGGUAGUAGGCAUGUUGUGUAAAUGAAAUUAUACAAACCCCCCAAAAAUCAAUUUUAAUUCCAGGUUGUAAGGCAACAAAAUAGGAAAAAUGCCAAGGGGGGGGGGGGGGUGAAUACCUUCGCAAGCCACUGUAUCUGUAUUCCCAGUCAUGUAAAAUCCAUAGAUUAGAACCCAAUUAAUUUAUUUAACUUGACUGAUUUCCUUAUAUGAACUGUAACUCAGUAAAAUCUUUGAAAUUGUUGCAUGUUGCGUUUAUAAUUUUAGUAGUAUAAAGUAACACAUACUGUCCACAUCAUGGAAAGUAGCGUUGUAUACAUUAAUUAGAUAUGGCAAAAUAAUUCAAAUGAAGCUAACUCACAGAUUUUUCAAUAAUAAAAAAAUAUAUAUAUAUAUAUGCCAUUUAGAAGACGCUUUUAUCCAAAGCGACUUACAGUCGUGUGCAUACAUUUUUACGCAUGGGUGGUCCUGGGGAUCGAACCCACUACCCUGGCGUUACAAGCGCCAUGCUCUACCAAUUGAGCUACAGAGGACCACAAUAAUCACAUUUCUUACUAGUUUAACCAUUUAGAGAUUAAAAGAAGGCUCUUAUGCACAACUUAACCUGGCGAUCUAGAAAGAGCUCCCAUAGUGACUGCAUCAGCCCAUUUAUUUGACUUCUCUAAAUAUACACUUCCCUCAGAACAGCCUCAAUUGGUCGGGGCAUGGACUAGAAGGUGUCGAAAGCGUUCCACAGGGAUGCUGGCCCAUGUUGACUCCAAUUCUUCCCACAGUUGUGAAGUUGGCUGGAUGUCCAUUGGGUGGUGGACCAUUCUUGAUACACACGGGAAACUGUUGAGUGUGAAAAACCCAGCAGCCUUGCAGUUCUUGACACACUCAAACCGGUGCACCUGGCACCUACUACCAUACCCCGUUCAAAGGCACUUAAAUAUUUUGUCUUGCCCAUUCACCCUCUGAAUGGCACACAUACACAAUCCAUGUCUCAAUUGUCUCAAGGUUUAAAAAUCCUUCUUUAACCUGUCGCCUUCCCUUUAUAUACACUGAUUGAAAUGGGUUUAACAAGUGCUGUUAAUAAAGGAGCAUAGAUUUAUCCUGGAAUCACCUGGUCAGUCUUUGUCAUGGAAAGAACACUCAGUGUAUGUCAACAAUCCUUCCUCCAAAGGACCCCUCUAUGGAUUGCAUUUAGUGAAAAUACAAAACAUCAUGGUCCUGUUUUGUUCUAGUUUCGUGAGGAAUCACCCAUAUAGGCCUACAUGCCCCCUGAAUAUACAGUACAUUGGCAGUUGACAUUGUGAAACAUUCUGUCAUCUCCCUCCCUGGCAGUUGGAUCCUGUUGCUGUCCACGGGGGUGGGAGUGCUGUUUGUGUUCGACCCGCUGGGCAGCCGCCGUCCUGGACCUCAGUCCCAGGAGCAGCUGGGGGUGAGGGACCUGGAGAGCAGUGAGGGCUCCCAGCUCCUGUCCACCACCCGCUCCGUGGCUGUCAGGGUGUGGGAGAGCAGGCUGAGGCUCCUCUGUUGCUGCCUGCCUCAGGAUGAGAGCCACAGAGUUGCCUUCUCCAGCAGAGCUCAGCUAGUCAGCGGAUUAUUCUCGGUGAGUAAGGGAAACAGGGUGUGUGUGUUAUAGGAUACAGACCUGGUGCCCAGUGACAUCGCAGCGGGUCUGGCUCUGCUACACCAGGAGCAGGAUAAGAGGGAGCAGUGUAGAGAUCCAGAUGAAGUCCUGCCUCACAGCCCCUCAUCACCUAUCGUAAGUACUGGAGUCAGUCAAUUAGUCUGUCAAUCCGUCCAAAAAUAAUCAGUGAGUCAGUCAAUUAAUCAAUUACAAUUUGUGUGUGUGCUCUGCAGGCGGAGGAACUUGAGGCAGAGCUGGAGAAGGCAGCCGACUGUAUGCAAUUUGCUAUAGCAGCGUAUGGCUGGCCCAUGUAUGUCUACUCCAACCCUCUCACUGGAGCCUGCAAACUCAGCGGGGACUGGUAAGACUGUUACACCUCUAAUUUAACGUGCUCAUCCUUCUUGAUUUUUGAGCCGGGGUGUGAAAGUAAUUUGGCCUCAACAUUUGUUAACAGCAAUAUCAAGAGGAGUGGACAUCAGUGUAUUAAACAACAACUACAUAAACAAAAACACAAGCAUACCUACGUAUGUACUAUAAAUACUUAUAUGCCCAUCUACUGUGUGUGUUUCAGCUGUAAGACCCAGUCUGCUGAGUAUGACAUUGUCGGAGGAGACAAUAUGGGCUGCCAUUUCUCCUCCAUCCUCCACAACACUGGCCUACAGUACAGAGACUUCAUCUACGUUAGCUUUCACAACCAGGUACUUCGACUCAGGGCAAAUCUCAAGUGAGAUCCUAUUCCCCAUUAAUGUGCGACCUUUGGCCAGUACUGAAUUCUCUACUGAUAAAUAUAACCCUGUGUGUUCCAGAUCUAUGAGAUUCCAUUCUUUGUGGCUCUGGACCAUAAGAGCGAGGCUGUACUGGUGGCUGUCAGAGGAACACUGUCACUCCGGGUGAGACUCCUCCAUCACUCCGUUCCACCUGUCUAUCUAUUGAUCUCUAUCUCUCACUUACUCACUCAUUCAUGUACAUUUCUGUGUAGGAUUUGCUGACUGAUCUGUCUGCAAACUGUGAGAACCUCCCAGUAGAGGGAACAUGCUAUGCUCACAAGGUGGGUGUAAUAAUCACAUUACUUCAUCUAUCAGAACAUUCUUUAUUUGUAGAUAUGAGCUGUAACCUCUGUUUGUGUUUCACAGGGCAUGUCUCAGGCAGCCUGCUACAUCUAUAAGAAACUCCUCAAAGAUGGCAUUCUAAACCAGGCUUUCACCAUCGCACCUGUAAGACUCCUUACCUGUCCUCUCUCCGAAAAAGUACAUUGGUUGUAACCUUAAAAGCACUAACUGUGUGUGUGUGUGUGUGUGUGUGUUUUCAGGAGGGGGUACAGCCUCUCUCCUGGCCAUUUUAUUACGUUGCUCCUUCCCCACCCUGCAGUGUUACACCUUAUCUCCACCAGGGGGACUCAUGAGGUACCAACACACAUACAAAUAAUUAAUGCUUAGCAUUACAUCAAGUGAGGAUUUAAGUUUGUGUAAUGUAGAUAAAUCAAAUUUAAUCCAAUCCAAUUUUAUUUGUCACAUGCGCCGAAUACAACAGGUGUAGACCUUACCGUGAAAUGCUUACUUACAAGCCCUUAACCAACAAUGCAGUUCAAGAAAUAGAGUUAAGAAAAUAUUUACUAAAUAGACUAAAGUAAAAAAUAAAAAGUAACACAAUAAAAUUACAUAACAAUAACGAGGCUAGAUACAGGGGGUACAAGUACUGAGUCAAUGUGCAGGGGGACAGGUUAGUCUAGGUCAUUUGUGUAGGUUGGGGUAAAGUGACUAUGCAUAGAUAAUAAACAGAGAGUAGCAGCAGUGUAAAAACAAAGUGGGGGGGGGUCAAUGUAAAUAGUCCGGGUGUCCAUUUGAUUAAUUGUUCAGCAGUCUUAUAGCUUAGGGGUAGAAGCUGUUAAGGAGCCUUUUGGACCUAGACUUGGCACUCCGGUACCGCUUGCCGUGCGGUAGCAGAGAGAACAGUCUAUGAUUUGGGUGACUGGAGUGUUUGACAAUUUUUUGGGCCUUUUUUGGACACUGCUUAGUAUAUAGGUCCUGGAUGGCAGGAAGCUUGGCCCCAGUGAUGUAUUGGGCCAUACGCACUACCCUCUGUAGUGCUUUAUGGUCGGAUGCUGAGCAGUUGCCAAACCAGGCGGUGAUGCAACCGGUCAGGAGGCUCUCGAUGGUGCAGCUGUAGAACUUUUUGAGGAUCUGGGGACCCAUGCAAAAUCUUUUCGUAGUAUUAUUCAGAUUGAUUUCCCUCUGUGCUCCCUCUGCAGUAAAGCCCUGGCGGAAUAUUCCAAAGACUUUGUGGUGUCUGUGGUGUUGGAGAAGGACUUGGUGACGAGGAGAGGAGCCACUUUAGACUAUUGAGAUGUCUCCUGUCAUGUGCUCUGUGCUCUCAUGUUUAUCUCAGACAAAUGGAUCCCCUGAAACAAACUGUGUUCUAUUAAUGAGUUUCUGUUAUGAGUUUUCUCUCCUCAAGUGCUUGUUCUGUGUUUGGUUGAAAGCCCAAAUUUCAUUCAUUUUUCCUCUCUCUCCACCCCCACCUCUCUCAGGUUGAGUUAUCCCAACAUGGAGGACUUGAAAAGGAGAAUACUAAAAAUGGUUUCUAAUUGCAAUAAGCCCAAGGUGAGAACAUUAUCAUUCAAACCCGAAAUUGAGUUUAUAAAUCAAAUAAUUUGGGCAGAAUCCUAACUUUGGAGAGGGACCCUGAUGACUUCUCUCUCUCUCUUGCUCUCUCCCUCUCCUUCAGUACCGUAUCCUGCUCCAGGGCUGUUGGUAUGAGUUGUUUGGGGGAGAUCCUGAUGACUUCCCUACUGAGAUGGACAACAGACGGGAGGAGGAACUCAUCCAGCCGCUCCUGGGGGAGGAGACACUGCUGAUUCACGGCUCCUCAUCCUAUCAAAGCCUAGCUUCCGAGGACUCGCCGGUACACUGCGCCCACCUGCCACUUUAUUUACCGGGACGUAUACUGCACAUUACAGAGGACGGGCCGUCACGGAGGUGUGUAUGGCACACACAAACUACAUUACAUCCAUGUCUGCCUUUGUCAUUGACCAAAGUUUUUGUCCUCCACUUUUUAUUUCCCUUCCUUCCCUCCUUCAUCGCUUCUCCAGGUCCUGUUUUUCCCAGGUUCAUUACCGGGCGGAGUGGUCCAGUGAGACAGCGUUCCGGAGUGUUCUCAUCAGUCCAAGGAUGAUCGCCGACCACAUGCCUGAUGCUGUACUCCGGUCUCUCCACAGUCUGACGCAGGACUUUCAACCUCUGCCCCUCGUCGCU